AUGAACAUGAAAGCAAUACACUGCUCCCUGCUGGCAGCACUGGCACUGAAGCUGGCUGGUCUGUGCUAUAGUUGUAAGAUUUCCGAAUAUCCGUGUAAGGGCGGAGCCUUUUGUGUGCCGUUGGAUAAAUUUUGCGACGGAAAGGAUGACUGCGGAGACGGCAGUGAUGAGCCGAAAAUGUGUACCGUUUGCAACCGAACGUACUAUGGCGAUAUCGGACGAACGUACUCUCUAACGGUGCCUUCGCCGCAGUGGAAUCGGCUACCGUUUCUCUGCCACCUAACAUUCACAGCGUCCGGAAACGAGCAGGGCGACAUCGUUCAGAUCAUAUUCGACAAAUUCACCGUAGGCCGUUUCGACGAAGGCCUGAUCGAUCCGGAUAUGGACUCGAGCGACACCAGUCUAACCAGUGGCGGUGACCUGCCGGGCUGUCCGGAGGGUUUUAUGCAGCUGAGCGAAUUGGGUCGUCCUUUUACCGGUGGUUCCUGGUGCGGCAAAGCGUCCGGCCAUCAGCUCUAUUUCAGCGAAACGGCAACGGUGACAGCAUCUGUCAAGGUUUUCCAUGCACCAAUGCAGACCGGAACACCGUUCGAGUUUCGCAUCCGGUACAAAUUCAUAAGUCAAUCAGACGCCAUUGUCAGAUACGGUGCUCCGAAUGAGCUGCUGGAAUUGGGACGAGUCACACCUGGAACCUACUGUACCCGACAGUACGACGAGUGCUAUAGGAAAAAAUGUCGACUGCAGAGUCCGAACUAUCCGGGAAUGUAUCCACGGAACGUGACCUGCUACUGGACCAUUCGACAGAAGGUGGUGCCCACCUGCAAGCACGCGAUGGUUUCCAUUAGCCAGGAAAAUGAACACAAGGCGUUGGUGAAAAGGUCGAUUGCCAGCCUUAACAAGACCUCACGGGCUGUGCGGGCGUGGUCUGAUUGCACCGGGGAACGUGACCACUUGAUCUUCUACGAUGGCAGCAGCACCAACGAUCCGGUACUGGCCAAGUACUGCGGCGGCGAUUGGCUGCCGAAGGUUGUCUCGAGAGGCCCCGAGAUGCUGAUUGCGUUCCACUCGAGCCCGUUCUCCGCACCGUUGCAGUCGGGCCAAUCGAACCGAGGCUUCGAGCUGGAUGUCGACAUCCUGUUUGCCGAUUCCGAUUCGUACGAUUUCGCCCAAGGCAGCAAGUGCGAGUUCCACAUCAAUGCAUCCAGCCCAGACGAAGUCCUGUACUCACGUCGUGGUCGAAUGGGACAUCUGCUAAGUCCCCGCCAUACACUGCCACCGAACACCACCUGCACUUACUACUUUCACGGAGUUUCCACGGAUCUGGUGUGGAUCUCAUUCACCAACUAUCAUCUACAGAUUCUACAGCCCACCGUUGGCAGCGAUAAUGGAACCAUCGGAAAGAGCGAAUCUUCGCUACCUUGGUUGACUCGGUUGCGAGUUUGGGACAGCAUUGGGACGUACGUUCCGCUUAAAACGACAUCCCCUGCAUCAAUCAUCAGCACAUCGGCCGCUUCGCAGACCAGCUCUUCGGCAGCUUCCAGUUCGUACGGUUCGUCCGGAACACCGGGGGUAACGAUGGCCGGUUUUAGUAGCACAACUGCCCUGUAUCAGCAAAUGAUGAACCGAACCGUCAGUACCUAUUACGGGACGGCAAAUCAGAACGGGAAGAGUUUGAAAAUCAACGUUGACAACGUGUGGAAUCCGGUGGAUCAGUACAUCUACGGUCCGACGGUGAACAGUAUCUUUAAUCAACCGCAGCAGCAUGCUGGACACCAAACGACUGGUUUCGGAGGGGAUAAAGGUUUAGUAUUUGGAGUGGGAAUGGGGUUGCCGGAACGGAUGCCCAAAUAUUCUUCGGGUAGUGGGAAAGGUUCCAAGGAAGGUGGUUCACGACAUGGUAAGGAUGGUGCCAAUGAAGUGAUGAAAGAUCAUGGUGGACGACGGGAAAAAACUACGCGAAGCAAUCGUCGACUGGUGGCGGAGUUCUACGAUAAUGACUCACCCAAGCUGUGCGACCACGUGGCAUUGGAGACGAAGAACGACCGGAUGCGACCGUGCACUCCGCUGGAGAGUUACGUCAGUACCGGAAACGAUUUGAAAAUUGAGUUCCAUACGAUGACGGGGACUUCGCUGUUUCCGUCCAGCUUCGGAAUCAAGUACGAAUUCGUAGACACGGAAUUGGGUGGUGAACCCUACCUAGGUCAGAAAGGCGAAGAAGUCCCCCUGCUGUGUUCCAGAGUUUUCCGUAAAAGAAAGGGUGAUUUCCAAUCACCUCGUAACGUGUUUCUACAUGGUCGCGGAGGAGCCAAGAAUAUUUCUUGUCUGUAUCGAUUUGAAGCUUCCGUUGGAGAACGAGUACGCAUCGAACUGUACAACGUUUCGUUUGGAGACUCAGCGUCCUGCAUUACCGAAUCCGACGGACACACGGGUCGUGCGAGAUGUGCUCCGUCGGAAAGUGAAUUGGAUGCCGGGAGGGUUGGAGAACUGCGUAUUUUCGAUGUCCCUUACAAGGAUGUUAAAAUUCCGCUGGGUUGUUUCUGUGACAAUACCACUAGCUCCUACAAUUCACCGUUAACUUUCAUUUCGAACUCUCGCACCUUGGAAUUGACUUUCGUAGUUACCCGGUUGAAUAUCUCCGAAGACUUCGCCGAUGUCUAUUUUCAUGCUUCGUACGACUUCAUUCGUGUGCCCGAGUGCCGUAAGCGACUAAAACUUCGAGGUUCCGGAGGGGAAGACGAAGUUAGCUUUCCGCUGAGAUCCCACGAAGCCAGUUGCGAUGGUUUGCCGUGGUUCAUUGAAGCUCAACAGCAGGAUCGUAGUUUGUUCGUUCGUACGUGGGGAAGUUUCCUCUCCAUUGACCCGUCGGUACAAGAGGAUUUCACCAAAUGUAACACUAGGAAUCGACUUCUGGUGUACAGUGGGAAACCGAUGAAGGUUAUGCGAGUAAUCUGCCCGUCUCCUCCAUCCAGCCGGUCAGCUGCGUUGCACAUUUUCUCCGAGGACUGGAUGAGCAGUCAACCGUUUCUCAGUUCGGAUAGACCAGUCAGCAUGGUGCUAGAGCCAGUGCACAAGGAACCGGGCAGCAUCGCCUUCUCUUGGCUGGAGAUUCAACGCACCAAGGCCUCACUGAUUCAGCAGCUGGAUCUGCAAACCAACUUCACUGCCAAUGACACUCUUGUCGAGUUUGGACUCUACCCACGAGAAUCCGAGUGUGAACAUCGCUGUCCAGAGUUGGAUGCCUGCAUCGGAAGUGUGCUGUGGUGUGACGGCCGUCCAAACUGCCCUUCCGGGUUCGACGAAAGCGAGCAGGAGUGCGGCAGUCGCCUGAUGGAGCUUCCCGGCGGGAUGUUCGCUGCGUUCGGCUGCCUGGCGGCGGCCCUGUGCGCUUGUCUCAUCUUCUGCGCACUCGCAAUGGUGAAGAAACGCCGAAAGUCCAACGAGAAGCUGAAGACGGCACCCACCUCCCUCAACGGUACCCUCUCGAAGAAGGACUACAAGAAGGAACCGUUGUUCUUCGAUCCGGACUCCUGA